UUCACGAAGCGUCAAAGUUCCUCUCACGGUCAAUGGGGACCAUGGAAACGCCCCCCUGCGACUUUUAACGCUGCCUAUUGGUCAGUUCAACCCCCUCCUGUGUCUGUGGAGCUCUGUGAUUGGCUGCCGCAGCUGUCAAUCAUCGCCGCGGCUGUGGGCGAGGAGCAGGCUAAAGUUCAUAUCAGUUCAACAGCUUUCAAGGAAACUCGCUUCUCACGCAAACACUGGGCGGAAAAACACGUCUGGCACGAAGAUGAGCGGAGGAGUCCAGCAGUCUUUGUUUUUCCUCGGCCUGCCGGACCUGAAGAAGCUUUGCUGCGUCACUCUGAGUCUGAAGGAGGAAGAUGAAGAGCAGCGGAGCAGACAGAUCAAAACCUGCAGAGAGCUGGUGCUGCUGUACUCUGAUAUCUUGGCUUCUCCGGCUCUGGACUCCUUCAAUGAGAUCACUGCGGUCAUGGCUAUUCAGUUUUUCCAGAAAGGUUUCAUCCAGACGUUCGGACAGAGACGCAGCCUGCAGCUGGGCUCUCCUCAGUGUGUGUUUCCAGGUGUGUUGCAGUGUUGUCUGUCCUACUCUCUGAUCACCAGACUCACUCCCAGCUGGAAUAAAGCCGGACUCUACCUCGUCUCAGGUAAAGACUUUCUGACUGAGAGUCGGAGGCUCAACGCCGUCAGCAUUGAGCUGAGCACCAGUGAGGGUCAGUUGUGUAUCAGCGUUGAAGCAAACACAGUCAGACUUCCUCCGAUCACACUUGCAGACUUCGGUCUCCCCCCGCUGGUUCUGAGGAGGUUCUGCAGUGAUCCAGACUUCAUCCUCGACCCCUCGUCUAUAGGAGGAGCCGUCUGGUGUCACAUCCUGCCCAGCAUGAAGAAAGGUCAGAUUAUCACCAUCAGUCAUCAGCUUCCCAAAGACGGACCGUUCAGGACUUACAGAGACCUGCAGAACCACUGGAACAGCAUGUACGGUUACCGGCUUCCUGACCUCCCAGAGGAGGAAGUGCUUUACUGCGGCGUUUACUUCAAACUGGUGGGAGAGAGACUCUUCACCAGUUAUCCUCUGAGCUGCGUCCGCCUGCAGCCGGUGCAGCGCCUCCCCCGCGUCGACCUGCAGGGGGCGCUGAGCUGCUUCCUGUCUGACAUCACCGGCCGGCUGCAGAGCGUCUGUGGCUUCGCUGCACGUCUGACCAGUAAACCCAGUUACACCACGACCAGUCUGAACACUGCAGCCUCAGUACAGGUGUCGAGUAGUGAGCAGCUCAAUCUGACCAGCUCGUCCUCCACCAGACCGGUCCUCACCCAGCUGCCUCCUCUUCCUCCUCUUCCUCCUCCCCCACCUGCGAGGCUCUCCUUUGGGUCUCAGCCAGCAGCUUGGCCCCCUCUCUCCCAGCAGGCUCAGGGGCUUCUGGGUAAUGGAUGUGGAUUUGGAGGCAGUCAGGGAUAUAGAGACAGAGAUCAUCCUUCAUCUUUCUCCUCCUCACGCGUUCCCUUUUCUGCUGCUUCUAGUUCUCAAUCAGCUCCUUCCUCUUCUUCUUUCUCCUCCUCCUCGGUCUUCCAGCCAGCUUCAUCCCUCACAUCUUCUUCUUUCUCCUCCUCCUCCUCCUCUUCCUCGAUCUUCCAGCCAGCUUCAUCCCUCACCUCUUCCUCUUUCUCCUCUGUCCUGCCGCCUCUUCCUCCGCCGGUAAAACAAGCUCAACCCAAACUGGUUCCCAUCUUCAAGAACAAGCAGCCGUCUCGCCAUGUGAACGUCGCCCUCCUUCGCCUCCAGAAGCAGAAGGAGCAGAUGAGCGGAGACGGGAAGGAGAGAGGGAGAGUGACGCUUCCCGCCAUCAGGAAGAACAGACCUGCUGCUUCUUCUACUGUUUCUUCUUUGUCGUCUCUCCAGAUUCCUCCUCCUCCUGCCGUCCCUCGCUUCAACACUCACUCCAAAUCCCACAGCAGCUUCGCUCCUCAACCGUCCUCCUCUUCAUCAAACCCUCCAAACCUGAAGCACCUGACCAGCCUCAGCCCUUCAUACAAACCUAAACCUGGACUCAACGUUAAACCCAAAACCAACAAGAGUGCUGCUUUGAAAUCCAGUAAAGUAGCAGAAAAACCAGCUCUCACAUCAGCUGAUACCUGCAGCACAGAGGGCAUCGUGUUCGAGUCCAAACCGAAGAAAUCCAAACCUGCGAUACAAGACGUAGACGUGGAGAAAAUGGCCAGAAGCAACCAGUUGUCGCGGCUGAACUCUGUGACUCUGCUGUCCUGGCUGAGAGGAAGAGGAAUCCUCGUCGGUGCCAAACACAAGAAGGAGGAGCUGAUGCUGAAAGUGAUGGGCUGUCUGGCUGAAGCCUGACACACACACACACACACACACACACACACACACACACACACACACACACACACACACACACACACACACAGACACACACACACACACAGCAUAUCUACUUAAUAGAGUUACUUAGGAGUAUUAACGCUGUGAUAAGCUCCUCGUCUCAUCAGUGUGAAUCAAACUGGAACAGACGACAGAUUUUCAUCCUGGCUCAUUUAGAUGUUGAAGAUUUGCCAGAAUUAAAUUCUUGAGUCAGAUAAAGUCUCGUCGAGUCUCGUCGAGGUCGGAGAGAAGUGUUAGAAGUUCAGCGCGCAGUUAUUUCAGGUUUAUCUGAUGACAUCUCACAGACUGUCUGCGUGUGAAGUUAAAGGUUCAUUAGUUACUGUUCAACGU